GGGGCCGCCGGGCGGGGAAUAUACAAAGUGAAGCCACAUUGCCAAACUUGCAGCAGCGAUUGCAGCAGUUGCUGCCGCUGCGCCGCGCUUGAAGCCGCGCCGCGCGGGCCGAGGGCUCCUGCAGCUGCUCGCGCGGAGCCGGAGGCGGAGGAGAACGCCGAGGACUGAGACUGACACUCCUGCUCCCAGCCGCCAGCCACUUACGCGGGGCCCCCCAACCCAGCCUCAGAGCGACGCGUUAAAAAAAAAAAAAAAAAAAAAGCAGCCCUUAGCCCCCUCCUCCCCUUUCCUGCUUCUGCGAGAACAUCCCCCCUCCCUCCAGCUCCACCAGCCCAGGCGCCCCUUCCUUGGAAGCCGAGCGGCUUCGCUCGCUUUUCGCCGCCGCCGCCUCUCGCAGUAUUGCAAUAUAGGGGAAAAGCAGAGAAAACACUCAUUGAUCUUCAAAAUGAAAUGAGAUUUGGAACAAUAAUGGGAGAUGGCGGUCACCACAAUGGCAUGUGAAAGACCAUGGUGAAUCCGGGCAGCAGCUCGCAGCCGCCCCCGGUGACGGCCGGCUCCCUCUCCUGGAAGCGGUGCGCAGGCUGCGGGGGCAAGAUUGCGGACCGCUUUCUGCUCUAUGCCAUGGACAGCUACUGGCACAGCCGGUGCCUCAAGUGCUCCUGCUGCCAGGCGCAGCUGGGCGACAUCGGCACGUCCUGUUAUACCAAGAGUGGCAUGAUCCUUUGCAGAAAUGACUACAUUAGGUUAUUUGGGAACAGUGGUGCCUGCAGCGCUUGCGGACAGUCGAUCCCAGCGAGCGAGCUCGUCAUGAGGGCCCAAGGCAAUGUGUAUCAUCUUAAGUGUUUUACAUGCUCUACCUGCCGGAAUCGCCUGGUCCCGGGAGAUCGGUUUCACUACAUCAAUGGCAGUUUAUUUUGUGAACAUGAUAGACCUACAGCUCUCAUCAAUGGCCAUUUGAAUUCACUUCAGAGCAAUCCACUACUGCCAGACCAGAAGGUCUGCUAAAAGGUCAGAGUAAUGCAGAAUGCGUGCCUUCAUCUCAGAUUUUGUUCAUCACAGGUGGAUCCCAUGUGUCUUCAGUAGACAAGUCACCUUUGUAGCUAGCACCAGUGCCAGCUCCAUGCCAUUGCACCUUCUUUAGUCUUGAUUGCCCUUCCCGCAUUUAUUGGUGUAUUAAAAUGACUGAAUAUGAACAUUAAGGACUCCAUGAACCUGGGCUAAUGGGGAGACUGUAGAGAAAAUGAAAAAAGAUCCACCGGAGGACAUCUUUAGGGGGGGAGGGAGCUUGGGAGGAGGGAAAUGACUAAUGAAGCUAAUUAAAAGAAGCAUUCAAAUCUGCUUUCUACCCUCAUUAACAAUUAGCAGGGCACUGGCCAGAGUUUGUACCCUGUGUUUUACCUUAACAACAUUCUAUUUGCUCUUUGUAUAUUUAAGUGUUGUAAGGAAAUGUGUUUCAAUCAAAACUGAACUUGAGAUAAAAGAAAGAGAUGUGGCUUUUGUGAUAUUCUAUCACAAACACUUUUAUUGUAUCUCUGUAAAAUACAAUGUAUGUAUGCAUGUAAGUGUUCUUGUCCUAAUGUUGCUACUUCCAUGGCAAAGAAAAGAAAAAAAGAAAGAAAAAAAGGAAAAAAAUUGGAAAAAAAAUCAGGCUCAUAGCAGCUACUGUGUAGAAAUUUCCCCCUACUUCUAAUUUGCUGAAUGAAGAAAAAAAUCUUUUAUUUGUGAUAUUUUCAGAGACAUUUGCUCUAGUAUGGUGUAUUUAAAUAAUAAAAACUUAAAAGAAAAAUUCAAUGGA